UCGUCGUUCUUCUCGAGAGCACAAAAAAAAAACAACGCAAGGGUUAAAGAAAGGGGAAGAAAAUCCGGGAUUGAUCCGAUUCCAACGAUCAUAGACGCCGCCGCUUUGACGCCGUUGUCGACAUCGUGGUCAAACGGCUCCUCUUCUUCCUCUCGGCUCAUUCUCGCGCGGAAAGUAGUGGUUGAGCGCGCCGGGCGCGAAUUUCAUUGCUGGGUAUCCCUCUUCGUACACCGAGAGUCCGAUACAGCGGGAAGGGUGCGUGCUGCUCCUCUCGGGGAUGCCGUAUAUGUAGAGGAAACGCGCAACGCGCACGCACGCACGCACGCGGAAUCGGUGCUCUUUACCUCAAACGAGAGAGCGGUGUCGUGCUCGCGCUCUCUCUUUCUCCCCCCCCCCCUCUCUCUCUCUCUUGUUAGCGCGUGUGUGCGAGAAAGAGAGAGAGAGCCGCGUAUAUAUAAAUAUAAUAGAACGCACCUAGAUAUCUAUUUAUAAGUUUAUACGAGGCAGGAGAGGCCGCAUCGAGAGAAGCGAGGGACCGAGAUAGCAGAAGGAGGCAGCAGGAUGGAGAUAGAAGGUUGCGAGAAGAGGAACGAAAAGAGAAGUCCAUAGAGAGGAAAAGAGAGAGGGAGAGGGAGAGAAAGAGAGGGACAAGCUAAAUAGAAGGGAGAGAGCUAAAUAGAAGAAGUGAAAAGGAGUGGUGGCGGAACGUGUGACGGUGGUGCGCCCGCGCUCGGUUUUCCCCACGUCUUCUAUCGUAGUAGUGCACCGGUCGUCGUCGUGCCUGGUGGCGGUGGUGGUGGUGUGGUGUGGUGGUGGUGAUCGCUGGUGGUAGUAGUGGUCUUGGUGGCUGGUGUUGGUCUCGUGCCCCGUGUCCAGGAGGUAGCGAGCGGCCGCGACGUAGCACCACGAGGGAGAGGCGUGUUGUUGGGCGAGAUACACACGCGCGUUCGAACGGAGCGGGAAGGGGGAGGGGGAGGAAGCGAGGCUUCUCGCGGGCGAAGAGGGUGCGUUGCGCCCUGCGUCGAGACCCACACGAAAGCGGCGCCGGGGCGCGAGAGAGAGAGACCGGCGGCGCGGCGACACGACCGGGAGGACCGCAGAAGCGCCGGGAGCGAGGCGGGAGGAAAGGCCGAUUCUUCUCUCUCUCGCGCGCGCGAAGCGGGUGGCGAGGCAGCAGUGAGCGAUCUCGCGCGCGUGCGAGUGCGAGUGCGAGUGAACGCGCGGAUAUGACGAGCGGAUACGCCCGGCGGCUCACGUGAUACGCAACGCAAUCGUCGUGCUCCGCCGCCGAGGAAGAUAUGUGGUCACGGAGGGAGCUUCGUAGCAGCCCAGUGCCGUAGCAUGCCGGCGAGCUGCAGCGCGUGGUGGUGGGCCUCUGAGACACCGCGUCGAUCGGCGUCGAUCGCCGCCAUCUGCGUGGCUAGGCAGCAAUCCCUGGAGCGUCGUCGUGGGAGAAGAAGAAGAAGAAGAACGUGCGAUCGUGGUCGUCGUAGCACAGGAAGCACGGAGCUCGACACCAGCGACCGAUGAGCACGGGGGGGGAUGGGGGCUCGGCGUUGGGCCCACCUGCUCGGCUGCCGGGGGCCCAGCCGAUUGCCGCGACCCCCUACAUCGCGACCCCCCCCAAUGCCGGUCAGCAACAACCCGGAUGGACGCAACUGGCGAAUAUGCAGCCGGCGCCAUCGCAGACGGGCCCCGGUGCCGCCGGCGCCGCCGCCGCUGCCUCCAAGGCGGCCCAGAAGAGGCCCGUCAGACGGGGGGGUAAGCCGCCACCCGACCGACCCGUUCGGGCGCUCUUCUGCCUGACCCUCACGAACCCUCUUAGGAAAAUGUGCAUCAGCGUCGUCGAGUGGAAACCCUUCGAAUGGCUCAUCCUUCUGACGAUAUUUGCGAAUUGCGUCGCUCUGGCCGUUUACACACCGUAUCCCUAUAACGAUUCCAAUCUGACCAAUCAGUACUUGGAGAAGAUAGAGUACAUUUUUCUUGUGAUUUUUACGGUGGAGUGCGUGAUGAAGAUCAUAGCUUACGGCUUCGCCGCGCAUCCAGGAGCUUACCUCCGCAACGGCUGGAACUUGCUGGAUUUCACGAUAGUCGUGAUUGGAAUGAUAAGCACGGUGUUAGCGACAUUCAUGAAGGGUUUCGACGUCAAGGCCUUAAGGGCGUUUCGUGUUCUACGUCCUCUUAGGCUGGUUUCCGGUGUUCCAAGUCUUCAGGUGGUCCUAAACUCAAUUUUGAGGGCGAUGGUACCACUUUUGCACAUUGCUUUAUUAGUUCUCUUCGUCAUCAUCAUUUACGCCAUCAUCGGCCUCGAGCUGUUCUCCGGGAAGUUGCAUAAAACGUGCCGGCACAAUAUAACCAACGAGAUGAUGCCAAAACCGAUACCAUGUGGCGAUGGCGGCUAUGAUUGCUCUCAAGUCGGAUCUAACUACGUAUGCAGCAAACAGUUCUGGGAAGGUCCUAACUUCGGCAUUACGAAUUUCGAUAAUUUCGGACUGGCCAUGCUCACGGUCUUCCAAUGCAUCACCCUCGAGGGCUGGACGGACGUGCUUUAUAAUAUCGAGGAUGCAAUGGGAAGUACGUGGCAGUGGAUAUACUUCAUUUCGAUGGUCAUCUUUGGGGCUUUCUUCGUGAUGAAUCUAAUUCUCGGUGUGUUGUCCGGUGAAUUUUCCAAGGAGAGAGAGAAGGCAAAGGCGCGUGGCGACUUUCACAAGCUCAGGGAGAAACAACAGAUCGAGGAUGAUCUCAGGGGUUACCUCGACUGGAUAACGCAAGCCGAGGACAUCGAGCCGGAGACUGACGAGCCAAAAAUGAUGCAAGAUGGAAAAACUAAGCAGCAGAACGAAAUAGAGAGUACGGACCAAUUGGAGGGUGACGAAGAAGGGAUCCAACAGGAGUCCGUUUGGAAAAAGAAGAAACGGGAUUUCGACAGAGUGAACAGGCGGAUGCGAAGAGCCUGUAGAAAGGCUGUGAAGUCCCAGGUCUUCUAUUGGCUCAUCAUAGUUCUGGUCUUCUUGAAUACUGGUGUUCUCGCCACGGAACACUACGGUCAGCCGCCAUGGUUGGACACAUUUCAAGAAAUUACGAAUAUGUUUUUCAUCGUGCUGUUCUCCAUGGAGAUGAUGUUAAAAAUGUACAGUUUAGGCUUUCAGGGUUAUUUCGUCUCGUUGUUCAAUCGUUUCGAUUGCUUCGUCGUGAUCGGCUCGAUUACCGAACUGAUACUUACACGUACAAAAGUAAUGCCGCCUCUUGGCGUUUCCGUACUUCGUUGCGUCCGGCUGCUCAGGGUAUUUAAAGUAACGAAAUAUUGGAGAUCACUGUCGAAUUUAGUGGCCUCUUUAUUGAACUCGAUACAAUCGAUUGCCUCGCUGUUGCUUCUGCUUUUCCUUUUCAUCGUGAUCUUCGCACUUUUGGGCAUGCAGGUCUUCGGUGGAAAGUUCAAUUUCAAUCACACGGAGGUAAAAGAGCGUCACAAUUUUGACAGUUUUUGGCAGAGCUUGCUCACCGUAUUUCAGAUAUUAACCGGCGAGGAUUGGAACGCUGUGAUGUACGUCGGAAUCCAAGCUUAUGGCGGUGUUUCCAGCUUCGGGGUGCUCGCCUGUGUUUAUUUCAUUAUCCUCUUCAUAUGCGGUAAUUAUAUUCUCUUGAACGUGUUCUUGGCUAUCGCCGUCGACAAUCUCGCUGAUGCCGAGUCCCUGACUGCCAUCGAAAAGGAGGCCGAGGAGGAGGCCGAGAAAAAUAAAUCUCGCAGUGGGUCGCUGGCAAGGGACGAACUCAGCGGUGAAGCUGGCGAUGACGGUGGCGAGGGGAUCGAAGGAGAGGAUGAGGGCGCUGGUACAGAUCUCGAACACGAUCCUAACGAGACAAUGGAGGACUAUGAGGCUGCACUCGAUACCGAAACGUCAGAGAAAAGUGAAGAUAUGAAUACGCAUAAAGUGCGAAUCAACGUUGAAUCCGACGAGGAAGUGGAGGAAGAGGAAGAGGAGGAAUGUGAGCCAGAAGAAACGCAAGAUGAUGGACGGGAAGUGACGGCUAGACCGCGAAGAAUGUCCGAGUACAACGCGCCCGUCAAGAAAGAACCGAUCCCAGUCGGUUCGGCAUUCUUUAUUUUUUCAAGCACUAAUAGGUUUCGCGUAUUCUGCCAUUGGUUUUGUAAUCACAGUUACUUCGGCAACAUGAUAUUGAUGUGCAUUAUGAUUUCUUCUGCCAUGUUGGCUGCCGAAGAUCCAUUGAGAACCAAGACGGAUAGAAAUGAUAUAUUGGGACACUUCGACAUUUUCUUCACUGCUAUUUUCACGAUCGAAAUCUGCCUAAAAAUGGUCUCAUACGGCUUCAUCUUACACGAGGGCGCGUUUUGCCGAUCGGCUUUCAAUCUGCUCGAUCUUCUCGUCGUAGUCGCUUCUCUCGUUUCCAUGGCAGCCAAACCUGGCGCAUUCUCUUUUAUCAAAGUGCUCCGAGUGCUUCGUGUGCUGAGGCCGCUGCGUGCCAUCAAUCGCGCUAAGGGAUUAAAGCACGUAGUACAGUGCGUCAUCGUAGCGGUAAAGACUAUCGGAAACAUAGUCCUCGUCACCAGCCUCCUGCAGUUCGUGUUCGCCGUCAUUGGCGUACAACUCUUCAAGGGCAAGUUUUUCUAUUGUACUGAUGGAUCGAAAAUGACGGAGAUCGAAUGCCAGGGUACUUUUUUGGAAUUCCCAGACGGCAAUUUUAACAAACCGUCCGUAAGACAGAGAGAAUGGUUACAGCAGAGAUUUCACUUCGAUAACGUUGCCAAAGCGAUGUUGACCCUUUUUACGGUCUCGACUUUCGAAGGUUGGCCAUCAUUAUUAGAUUGGUCAAUCGACUCAAAUAAAGAAAACCGUGGACCAAUUCAUAAUUUUCGGCCGAUAGUGGCCGCCUACUACAUCAUCUACAUUAUCAUCAUCGCAUUCUUCAUGGUGAACAUCUUCGUCGGUUUCGUUAUUGUCACCUUUCAAAAUGAAGGCGAGCAAGAGUACAAAAACUGCGAGCUCGAUAAAAAUCAGAGAAAUUGCAUCGAGUUCGCGCUGAAAGCUAAGCCAGUGCGUCGCUACAUACCAAAGCAUCGAAUACAGUACAAAGUCUGGUGGUUCGUCACCUCCCAGCCGUUUGAAUACACGAUAUUCAUGCUAAUUAUGAUCAACACUUUAACGCUCGCGAUGAAAUUUUAUCGACAACCGCCACUUUACACGGAUAUCCUGGACGUUCUCAACAUGAUCUUCACCGCUGUGUUCGCGCUUGAGUUUGUGUUUAAGUUGGCUGCAUUUCGAUUUAAGAAUUACUUCGGCGAUGCGUGGAACGUUUUCGACUUUAUUAUCGUGCUCGGAAGUUUUAUCGACAUUGUUUAUUCGGAGGUUAGCCCUGGAAGCAACCUCUUUUCCAUCAAUUUCUUCAGGCUGUUUCGCGUAAUGAGAUUGGUUAAGCUACUGAGCAGAGGGGAGGGUAUCCGAACACUUUUAUGGACGUUUAUUAAAUCCUUUCAGGCCCUGCCCUAUGUCGCCCUUCUUAUUAUAAUGCUCUUUUUCAUUUACGCUGUAAUAGGCAUGCAGGUCUUCGGAAAGAUCGCGAUAAAUGACGAGACGGAAAUAAAUCGCAAUAAUAAUUUCCAGUCCUUUCCGCAAGCCGUGUUGGUUCUAUUUAGAUCGGCAACAGGCGAGGCGUGGCAAGAAAUAAUGAUGGAUACUUCGUCGAAAGAGGGAGUUGAAUGUGAUAAAGAGAGCGACUCAUUCGAUGAAGGCAAGGACAACUGCGGGUCGGACAUUGCAUUUCCGUAUUUCAUAUCCUUCUAUGUGCUCUGUUCAUUUCUCAUUAUCAAUCUUUUCGUCGCCGUUAUCAUGGACAACUUUGACUACUUGACGAGAGAUUGGUCGAUUCUCGGGCCGCACCACUUGGACGAAUUUAUUCGCCUGUGGUCCGAGUACGACCCCGACGCCAAAGGGCGCAUUAAACAUCUCGACGUGGUAACGUUACUAAGGAAAAUAUCACCGCCUUUGGGUUUUGGAAAGCUGUGUCCUCAUAGAGUAGCUUGUAAGAGACUCGUCUCAAUGAACAUGCCGCUAAACAGCGAUGGUACCGUGUUGUUCAACGCGACUUUGUUUGCCGUCGUGAGGACAUCGCUGAGAAUCAAGACGGAGGGUAAUAUUGAUGACGCAAAUGCCGAACUCAGGGCGGUGAUCAAGAAGAUCUGGAAGAGGACUAGUCCGAAGCUUCUAGAUCAAGUGGUACCACCGCCCGGAGUGGAUGACGAGGUGACGGUCGGCAAAUUUUACGCAACCUUCCUCAUCCAGGACUAUUUCCGUCGAUUCAAGAAACGCAAAGAACAGGAAAUGAAGGACGGCGAUAGAGAUUGUCUCAACACUGUGACCCUUCAGGCUGGGUUAAGAACGUUACACGAAGCUGGCCCCGAAUUGAAACGCGCAAUUUCCGGUAAUUUGGAAGAACUUCUCGACGACAAUCCGGAACCUAUGCAUAGGAGAAACCAUUCGCUCUUUGGCAGCGUGUGGUCCAGUAUGCGAAAAGGGCACCACGGUUUCCACAGGGCGAAAUCGCUAAAGGUCAACUCUACCACUGUAAAGGCUUCCCCGACCAAUUCCAUAGAUUUUCUACCGUAUGCCUCGUUACGGAGGAGCGCCGUCACGGAUAUCACCAAACAAAUCACUCAUCAAAUUGUGCCAAAUAUAGCGGGUGGUCUAAGUGAUGGUGCGAUGAACCAGAUAGGAACUGAUUUGCGACUAACGGGCGUUGAAGAGAAUAUACCCCUGAGACCGCUCGCUGCUUUCGGCAAUUCGGCGCAACAGCCGUCUUACAAAGUGGUCGAUCUUCAGGACGGAAUCGAGCGGCAGUUGACGCCACCCACGCCUCCGCCGCGACGGAACCCGUCGUCCACGUCCACCGGCACCCCGAGCACCGACACCACCGUGCACACCUCCGUCGCUGCAGCGGCAGCAACGGCAGCGACGACAGCCACCGCAGCAACCGCAGCAGCAUCCGCGGCGGCCGGCACGACGAGUGGUUCGAGCGUCGCGACGACGACGAUCACUGCGUCGUGCACCACGAGCGCGAACACCUCGACCACCGCGACAAGCUCAAGCCCCGCUUCCUCGUCAAACGGGACGAACUGUUAUUAUACCUACGCGUCGCGGGGCUGCUGCGUCGAUUGCGCAGCCUGGAGCAAUCACGCCCUAGAUGACGACGAAGACACAACCGGAAGCGGAUCGAGCGAUUCCGGCAGGUGGAACCCGCACUCGGAGGGUGGUGUAGCGCGGGGCACGACAGGAAAACCCCAUGUUACCGUGCUGGGCGGUCGGUCGUCGAAACGCCAGGCCAAGGCCCGUCGCGAUGCUGCGACUGCCGGUGGCAAGUCGGCUCCGGCGAGCUUCCGGUCGCGGGAUGCAGCCGAUGCAUCCACAACGACGGCAGGAUCCGCGACCGGUGCCGCUGCGUCGUCGAGCCCUGGCAUACGUACCGUCGCCAACGGCCUUAAAAUGGCACAGAAUCAGGCGAUCGCCGUGGCCGGCUUCCUCGCCAACGUCGAUUCGCGACAAUGGCGCGUCUGCGCCUCCUGCUUGUCACAUCGAGCGUCGUCCUACCACGGCAGAGUUCCCUGGACCAUAGAGAGUAACGGAAGCAUCGGCGCAGAGCGCCUGUCCCACAGUAUGCCCGGUAGUCCUGCGGACCGGAAACCAAACUUCGGGGUCAUUGGGAGCGCGGAGAGUCUCGUCGGUCGGGUUCUGGUGGAGCAAGGUUUGGGUAAAUUCUGUGAUCCAGAUUUCGUACGGUACACGUCGCGCGAGAUGCAAGAGGCUCUGGAUAUGACGCGCGAGGAGAUGGAUCAGGCUGCCCACCAGUUACUUUUGCAGGAGCGACGCGGCCAGUCGCUAUCCUACCAGUUGCAGCAAGGCACGGAGCAGCAGCAACAGCAGCAGCUGCAACCGUGGAGCAGCCAGCAACAGGCCACGACUGGCAUCGGUUACCAGCCGCUACAAGAGCAGCCACCGAGUCAGCCGGUCUAUCGCCCGCUGCACUCUUCCAGCUUUCGUCGCGGCAGUAACCGACAGCAGCAGCAACAGCAGCAACAACAGCCGCAGCAGCAGCAGCAACAACAGCAACAGCGACAGCCACCGUCCUAGCAGGACGAGAAGACGCUCGUGACGCAAACAUCGUCCACGUAACCCGAAAAUUCCUACUCCCCCUUAUCGGGAGUAGUCGCUGAAGGACCGAUCGUCAGUUAACAUGAAGUAACUACGAAGAAUUACCGCGACUUCCGACGGGAUCUGAAUCGAUCGCGCAAAAUUCGAUGGAUUCAGACCGCGCGGGUUUAAUCGCCGUUGUUGUUGUUGCUCUAAAAGCACGAGGACGCUUUAUAAAUUGUUCUGAAUAUAUAGAUAUAUAAAUAUAUAUAUAUAUAUAAUUGUAAUUAGGUGCGGAUCGAAAAAUGUCAUUUCAGAGAGAUAAAAUGCUGGCUUAGUGUAGGGGAGAGAAAAAGCGAGACAAAGUCGCGACGAAGAACGAUCGCUCGACGUUGAGAUGUCCAUCCCGUACGCUCGGACACCAAUGAACGCAUAUUUUCGUUCGAGCGAAUAUUUUCUAACCAAACGCGGGUGUUCAUCUAGCAUUUUUGAGUCACGCGAGUCGCUCGCGAUUCCUAACUUGGCGCGAUAUCUCGGGCAAGAUGCGUGCGAGUUACGAUCGAGCGGCGUAAAUUGCUGUUCGUUUAGGCACAAGGAUAUUAUAGACUUUUAAGAUGUAUAUUCGCCGCAAAGAUCAAAAUGAUCAAGAAUUGUCGCGGCGCGAAGCUUUGUUUUUUAACGUCAAACAAUCGCGAGAUUAAAAUCGACGGAGCAUUCCGGGCUCCCAAUGGAAUUGAGUUUACUUCUCUAGAAACAGUCCUCUAGAGAUUUGCCAUUGUUCCCGUUUAACGUUGAUCUCCGUUUUUGGAUCGACUCGUCCUGAUCGAGGACGAUAUAUGGCGAACGCCGCGUGUACUCCAUGCAGAAAAUAGACGAAUUAAAAUGAAAGAAACGGUAAGUUUUAUGAAACUAUAAUUUUUUUCAUCAAUCAUCAAUUUUAGCGAUUGGCUUUAAAAUUCUUGAAAUAGCAUUUAGUUUAAGGUGUACAAAAAGUGUCUGGGAACAAUUAAGUAGAAGUUCAGAAAGUAAAUUCUUCUCUCAGAAUUAUUAUAAGAUAUAUUAAAGUAAAUUCCCUCCGUACGGUAUCGGUAUUAAAAUAAAGAGAUACAAAAAUCGAGAAACAUCUGUGAACUUUUAAAAUCUUUUAUAUUAGGGAUCAUAAGUCGAAUUUUACAAAAUAAAAAUUUGUUUUUCUCCAUUAUCUUAAUUCGUCUAUUUUUACAAUGAUCUAAUGUUUUCUUUUACAAAGCUCGCUAUCUGUUUUAACUCUUUAUGACACUUUAUAGAAUAUUUAUUAUUAUCUUGUAAGAGUAUUCUGACGUGAUAACUUUUUAUCAACUCACCAUAAUUUCCUAUUGGACAGUAAAUAUCUCUCUUCUAUACAAGGUAAACCACACGAGAAAGUUAAACAAAAAAAGUGCUAAAAAAAUUUGGGUCGUAAAGAGUUAAAAGGGGAUGAAAAACACGCCGGCGGAUGAUCGCUCUUAUUGUUCUCAUUAUUGAUUACUCUCGUUGUCCUUGUUCCGAUGAUUACCGGUUACUAGCACGAUAAUUACUACUCAUGAUUCAUACGUAUAUGAAUUCUAGAUGAGAUAACAAGUGCCUAAGUAUCUAUAACUUCUUUCGGACCAGAGAAAGACUUUUAUCAACUUAGACAAAGUAAACGACUAUUAUUGCGAAUUAUUAUUGCGCGAGGAGAGAGAGCUGCAAGUCGAGUGUGUUGUACACUACUGAAACGAUAUGUUGUGACGACAUAUCUAUAUAUAUAUAUAUAUAUAUAUAUAUAUAUAUAUUAUAUAUAUAUAUAUAUAUAGAUAUUAUUAUUCGUAUUUGUAAUUGUGUACAUAACACCGUUGCGCGCGUAUAUUUCCGCUGAAAUGCGUGAGAAUGAAUGGCCGAUAAACUAGCGCUGCGAGAGAUUCGAGAUUAUAUUAAUAUACAUAUAUAUGUAUAUAUAUAUAAAUAUAUAUUAUAUCUUUAGGUGGCAAUCUCUAUACAAACGAGAGUAAGGGGCGGACGGGGGGGGGCGGGUAAGGCGUAACGGGAAUAAAUAGAUAAAAUAAUACGCGGAUCUUUUUCCUCUCGGAAAACCGAUGCGGUCACGCGAUACAUGAUUUUUAUUAUGUAAAAUGUAAACUCGGAUGUGUGAUGAUCGGACAUGCAAAGAUCUGAAUCACGAAUCUCUUUCUCUCUCUCUCUCUCUCUCUUUCUCUCUUUAUCUCAAUCCAUAAUUACACCCACUCAAGUGCAUGCUCAAUGAUACAGAGAGCUUUAUAAAGAGCCACUUCAUAAAUAUUUCCGACAGUCUCAUCUCCGGGAGACGCGCGCCGCUUAUGAGGGAUUUACCGGUGAUUUGUAAUUAACGAUGAGCUAAGCAAAAAGUUUCUCAGCCAAUUGGCUAACGUUUAAUCUCGGCAAUAUUCUGUUGUGCUAAGUAAUUAAUAACACUGAUCGAAAUUCGUUAACUUUGCAAAACAAUUAUGAAAGUUUAUUUAAAGACGGAAUUAAAUUAAACCAAAAUAAAAAUUGUAAAAUUAAUCGGAAUUAACUUCUAAUAAUUGGACGUAUAUACAAUGUAAUGUUAUAACUGUAUGAAAUGUGAAAAAGGGUAUAAGUAAAAAAUAGCUCGAAUUAAAACGCGUCUUCAUGCGAAA